CCAUGCCGACGUGUUGUGUGCCCGGCUGUACGAGCGGGUACCGGAACGACACAAGCUCGUCGGGCCGGCAUUUCUUCUCCGCUCCUAGCGACGAGAAACUACGCUUAGCGUGGAACAGGGCCAUACCCCGCGCCGACAAAGACCUCACAAGGAAGUCCAGAGUAUGCUCCUUGCACUUUUAUGACCAGGACAUUCUUAAGACGUACGUACACGUGAUAAAUGGAGAAACUGUGGAAAUCCCGAGGGGUAAGUGGAGUCUCGUCGACGGAGCGCUUCCGAAAAUCUUCCCGAACUUGCCCUCGUAUCUAACAAAGCCAGCGGACAAGAGGCGCAAACGAAAGCGAGAAAGCAAUGGGUCCACUAACCAUGGGACAGCAUCCCCGCAAUCGGAAGAAGCUUCUUGCAGCAUAAUUCCUGCUGAUGCCGUGAAAGACAAUAUGCCUGAGCCGUGCGCGCCAUGGUUUAGUGAAAUGGAAUGUGUAGAGCUGCCACCAUCAUGGCAGAGAAUCACCGUGGAGAACAGCAGCGGGCCACAAAAGGCUGACGUGGCAACACAGUGCGCCGUACGAAUGGCACUAAAAGCCAGCCAGGCAGCAGUCAACCCACGAAGCACGAGGACGGCGGGCGUACAAACGACGAGCAUGACAAGCCAGCUAGUGGAUCUUGGCACUGUCUCGUGGAGCCGUGACCUCACAACCUCGUCAUGGUGGUGACUUCUGCUGCCAAAUUCUGCUGGUGGCGUCCCAGCCUUUUCGAAUCGGGGCAGCUUUUGCCGCGGACUGUGCUGUUCACACCUGGCCACACAUCCUCGCAAAACGACACUUUUGCGGGGAUGACGUCGCAUGACAAUUCUCUUGCCCUGCGCUAGCACUUCGCCUCGCUGCCAGUCGGAGCAAUAUACAACUGUUUAC